AUGCCGGUGCGCAUAGCGGAGGACGAAGGCAAGCUGCUCAUCCCAUCGCCAAAUGCGGAGGACGACACGAGUUUCGCGAAGUCGGAUGACGACGCCAGUGUAAAACGAUCGGUCCCAGAGGUCCGACGGCUCGCUGCACUGCUGGCCGUUCCGCUUCUGUGGGGCACCUUCACUCCAUCGAUGAAGCUGCUGCUGGCGGUGCGCGAGCCGCCUCCUGCGCUGAUCAUCAACCUGCUCAGCCACGUUGUUGGCGCGGCCACGCUUCUCGCCGUGUGGCGGGCGGCGUGGGCGAGUGGCGAGCUCGGCGUCUACCUCUUCUUCGGGCAGCUGACGCAGAUGCUCGGCCUGCAAGGCACCUCCGCCACCGUCAACGCCAUCCUCGCGUCGGUGGUGAUUGUGCCUCUGCUCGACUCUGGCCCGCCCGGCUCGAGCCGCGUUCUGCAGAUUGCGACCCGGCUGCUGCCGAGCCUGCUUGCCCUGGGCGGCAUCGUGCUGCUCACUGUCGCUCCGGAGGAGGUGGAUGCACCCGCCGCGGACCGCGACGCCGCCGCCUACGGCAUCGGCCUCUCGCUGGCGUCGGCCGCCUUCUACGCGCUACACACCCUCCGUCUCUCCGAGUUUGGCGACGCGGCCGGCCAGGUGGUCGCCAACGCGCUCCUCGACCUUCUCGCCCUCCCGCUCGGCUUCGGGCAACCGGCGCACCUGUGGCUCUCGCAGGCAGGCCCGCCCGCGGUGAGGCGCCUCGGAGCCGCAGCGCUCUGGAACGGGCUGAUGGUAGUGGGCGCGACGACGUGGGCAAUGUCGUACGCGCAGCAGGCCGUCGCCGCCUCGACGGCGGCGCUCGUGUACGCGAUGGAGCCAGUCUGCGCCGCGCUGAUCGCCGCGCUCGUCUUGCACGAGUCGCUCGCUCCGCUGCAGAUCGCCGGCGGGGUGCUCGUCGUCUUCGCUAACGCCGUCGCGUCGGGGGUUUGGCGCGGCUGA